AUGGUUGGCGCUGGUGGAGGCAGUACUGGCCUAUCAAAUCCAUCUAAUUUAUACAGUUAUACAGGUAGUGUAUUUUCGCAUUGUUCAACCAAUAAUACACCAUUAUUGUGCAGUUCAUCACAAGAUACAUGUGUAACACAACAAAAUCGUAGUCAAACUGAUACACAUGAAUAUGCCAAGUUAUUCCCUUCUGGUACAAGUUUACAAACUAAUCGUAAUUCACCUAAUCUAUCAAAUUUAUCUUAUAGUAUUUCAGAGAGUAAACUUAAUGAGAAUUUGUUAGAUACCAAUACGAAUACUACUUAUAAUUGGCAGAAAACAUUUGACAUAGAUGAACAGCAACAACAACAAUCACUACCACUGACCACAUCAUCAUCGACGAAGUUGACACCAUCCAUCCCACCGACAACAACAACUACUACUACGACGACUACAGGUUAUUCUGAUUUCAUUCCCAAUGAUAACAAUAUCCAACUACAUCGUAUCCCAACUAAUCUACAAAAUACACAUGAAAAUCAACGAGUGGUAUUAAAUAUUUCAGGAUUACGUUUUGAAACACAAUUUAGUACAUUGAAAAAAUUUCCCAACACACUGUUAGGUGAUCCAAAAAAAUUAGAUCGUUAUUAUGAUUCCCUAAGAAAUGAAUAUUUUUUCGAUCGAAACCGACCAAGUUUCGAUGCAAUUUUAUAUUAUUAUCAAAGUGGUGGCCGUUUACGUCGUCCAGUCAAUGUACCAAUUGAUGUAUUCACUGAAGAAAUUAAUUUUUAUGAAAUUGAUGAAGAUGCCAUAGAAAAAUAUCGUGAUGAUGAAGGUUUUAUACGUGAAGAUGUGAAAAUUUUACCAGAAAAUAAAUUUCAACGUAAAAUUUGGUUAUUGUUUGAAUAUCCAGAAAGUUCAUUUGCUGCACGUUGUAUAGCUAUAUGUUCAAUUUUUGUAAUUAUUUUAUCAAUUAUUAUAUUUUGUAUUGAAACAUUACCGUCUUUCAAACAUUAUAAAUUUGUGAAUUUAUCUACUUAUGGACAACCAGUAGUAUUAUCAUCAACAUCAUCAUCAGCAUCAUCAUCGUCAGUAUCAGAGUCAACAUCAUCAAAUUUCAAUUUGACUACUAUUAAUCUCAUGAAAAACACUUCAACCAAUCAUAUUCAAUCAUCAUCAUCCUCAUCCUCAUCAUCAGCAUCAACAUCCACAUUAAAUGAUCUUAAUUUAUCAACUAAAAAUACAGAAAAUUUAUAUUUAUCUAUUACUGAUUGUCAACAACAUUAUGAUCCAAUGAAAUGUUUAUUAAUUACAGAAGAUGAUAUACCAGCCGUGGUGGAUCCAUUUUUCUUAAUUGAAACUCUAUGCAUUAUAUGGUUUACAUUUGAAUUACUUGUACGAUUCGCUUCAUCACCGGAGAAAAUUGCAUUUUUUCGUAAUAUCAUGAAUUUCAUUGAUAUUGUAGCUAUUAUACCAUAUUUUAUUACUGUAGGUACAAUGGUUGCCGAUGAAAGUAAAAGUCAAAAUCAAGCUAUGUCAUUAGCUAUACUACGAGUAAUACGUCUUGUACGUGUAUUUCGUAUAUUUAAAUUAUCUAGACAUUCGAAAGGUUUACAAAUUCUUGGUCAAACAUUAAAAGCUAGUACACGUGAAUUAGGUUUAUUAGUAUUUUUCUUAUUAAUCUGUGUGAUACUCUUUUCGUCGGCUGUUUAUUUUGCUGAAGUCGAUUCAGAUAGAACAUAUUUUCGUAGUAUACCAGAUGCAUUUUGGUGGGCUGUUGUAACAAUGACCACUGUCGGCUAUGGUGAUAUGCGACCGGUAACAAUGUGGGGUAAACUUGUCGGUUCAUUAUGUGCAAUUGCUGGUGUUUUAACUAUUGCACUACCUGUACCUGUGAUUGUUUCAAAUUUCAAUUAUUUUUAUCAUAGAGAAACUGAAACUGAAGAUAAACAAACUUUCAUACAUGUUCAAUCGUGUACUAGUUAUGCUAAUUUGAGUUUAGGCAGUUUAAAUUCAGACAGUAAAUGUGAUACGGAAUUAAUGCGUAAUCAACACCAACAACAACAAAACACUGAUCAAUUCAUGAACAUGAAACAUCAAAAUCGAGCUAAAUCAGUGGCAACUUGGCCAAAUAUCUAUCAAGAAGAUAAUUGUUUAGUUCAGCAAAAUAAAAAUACACUACCGUUUAAAGAAACUAACGAGUACGAUGAUCUUUUAUUGCCAAAAUCCCUGAUUCAACCUCGACACUCGGUUAAUGUAUUGAAUCAUGAAACUAAUCGUGAAUUUAUUGAUUCAGGAGUUUGUAAAGAUGCUGAAGAGCUGAGAAAAUCAACCACAGCAAAUGAUCUCAAUCUAUUGGAUUCCACUUUAACGAAUUCACAUUCUCAAGAAGAAAGUUCUAAACUAAAUCCUAGUAGCAAUAAUCUUAGUCCAACGACAUAUGUCAGUAAAAUUACUCGCAGUUUAUCUCUACCUUUGUGUAUUAAAACAAAAAAAGAAAAUAUGCCAGAAUAUAAUCAACCGCUUAAAGUUGUUGAACAUUUCAAAAGAGGAUUUUUAAGUUGUUUAGAAGAGACAACAAAUGAAUCUUGUGAAAGUCAAGUUGUAGACUCCAAGAACAAUCAAUAUUUACCGGUAGAAUACUAUUUAGGAGAACAUGCUGAUCAAUACCAAGAUGAUCUACAGCAUACACAUGACAAUGAUGAAAAGAAUGCGUCAAAACACAAAACUGAACUCGGGAAAUUAUACUGUGAACAAAAUCAAUCAGAAUUAAAAAUGUUAAAUGACUCAUUAACAUCAACUUCACUCGUACAAUCAUCAGAUGGUAAAUUAAUCAAUACUUCACCAAUUCAACCGGUUCUCAGUCAACAAUACAUUCAAAAACAUGUUAGUAGCGGUAAUAGCACGAAUGCUGAAAUGAAAAAUUCUAAAGAUUUUUCUUCGAAACAACAACACUUAUAUGGUAAAACAAUUGAAACAGACGUCUGAUAUACCCCCUUAUUACAAACAGAGGAUUAAUUUCAAUUUAAUUCACUUUUAAAA